CCCACCCACUGUCUCACGUUAGGGGUUAUCCUAGUUAGAACAUUGUCAUUCGUCAUCCGUCAUCCGUCUCAUCUUCCUCGCCCGCUUCCCAGAAUAGCGAGGAGACAAUAAUGACGACAACGAUGAACGCUCAGACCAGGAAAUUAGAUACAAACGACUCACCAACGGCCCAUCGGCUCCCGGGACUGGCAUAUAACGCACCACACCCGUUGUCUCGACUCCAUCCUUCCUUUCUACCUCGCCCUCCGGCUUCUCAACCUUGUCCUUCGACUUCUCAAUCUUAAUUACCAAGGUAUAUAAUAGCAAUGGAUACUCUAGGAAGCUUCUUCAAUGGCCGCAUUGCGCGGUCCCUGCUGGGUGUCAACAACUUUAUCAUCUUGGCCUCUUCAAUCAUCAUCACCGGCAUCCUGUCGUAUUUCCUGCACUGGGGCUAUCGAGGGACACAUCUGGUAUACAACGAGGUUAUCGCUGUCCUCACGCUCUUCUUUUACCUCAUCGCCAUGGUCCUCCCAGCACUGAAGUCGUACCGUGGAUACCUGCUACCGCUCAAUCUAGCGUUGACGUAUCUGUGGCUCACCUCACUUAUCUUCUCAUCCCAAGAGUAUAGUGGAAACCGAUGCCGUUACUCCUACUACUCUUCGAGAGCAGUCAGUCGUUGCGGUUUAAAGCACACAGUUCAAGCUUUCUACAUCAUCGGAUUCGCCUUCCUUCUGUUCAACACCAUUCUCGAGGCUCUGAUGUGGGCCAGCCAUCGGCGCAACCGACAAACGGGCGUCGCCGAUCCCGAGAAGGAUCGUCCGUUGACGACCACCACUGGCAAUACAACAGUUACGGGGGCGACGAAUGGAGAUCGCGUCGCGCAGGCCCCUGUUUGAAGGGCCAGUUGGCCGAUAAAAGGUGACAUCGGCAGUCGAGUUGGCACCAAGAGAAGCAGUACCCAGUGCGUUAAAUGGGGAGCGUAACGCCUCCACGCUGUUCACUGUAUGAUUGAUGCGGAAAGGUGGCGGUCGCUCGUGUGGGUGGUUGCGGCAUUUCCUAGUAGGCUGUCGAAAAGUUGGCAUUGUGUCAUAUUAUAUCCGGUAUUGUUUCCAAUGUUCGUUUGUAUCUGGAUAAUCCAUACUUUCAGUCGUACUUCAA